AUGAAUGUGGCGUCCGAGUACACUCGCUGCUCCGGCACGACUCCUCUCUGCCCAGCAGCAGCAGCCGCCUCCCCGUGUCCUCCCUCCGCUCCCGCCUCCUCCGCCUCUCCUCCUCCUCUUCUGCCUCCUCCCCUUCAGCCUCCGCCUCCUCCCGGGGAAGGCGGGCCGGCGCGGCGCGGCUCGGCUCGGUUCUGCUCGGCUCUCUGCCGUGGCGUGGCGUGGUUCGGCUCGACUCGACUCGGCUCGGCUACCUGCCCUGCCCUGCCCUGCCCUGCCUUGCCCUGCCCUGCUUCGCCUCGCCCUCCGCCGCUGCCCUCCACUCCAGAACGUUCAGCCGAAACCUUCGUGGUCCCGCCCCGUAGGCGGCCUAAAGGCGACGGCCCCACCAGGCGGCCCCGGCGCGCCAGCGCCACACGGCCGCGCUCGGCGAGCUGCGGCCCGGAGCCUCCGUGGGCGGCUGCUGGGGAUCGGCGGCCCGAGAGUAGCCCGCGGCCUUUCCCCACGGUCCCGUCCCCAGGAGCCGAAGGAGUGCCAGAGCUCCCCCCGCCUUCUUCACCGGAGGCGCCCGGCGCGGAGCGAGCGCCCUGA